AUGGAUAUGGCUUUACCCUAUGGUGAUAAUGCCUAUCCCUACACGCUCGAACAGGCCCAGCAGGACCUCUGGAGUGGCAAUGUUCAUCUCUCCGGGGAGCAACAAGACUUCAGCUUCCAGGCCGCAUCUGCAACCGACAAUGCAUACAACAACGCACAAGCUUCGUUGGCAUGCCAAAUACCACGGUCAAUGCCCUACAACGCGUCGAGUUUAACGCAGUUCCCAAUGUCCAACAUCGGUACCAUGGAUCGCACCCGUUCCGCCCCCACUAUGGGAGUCUCCGCCUCAACCGCUUCUUGGGAUGACAGCAACCUCCAGCGAUCAGCGACGUCGUUCCCUGCCUGGCAACAGGAGCCUGUAACCGACUACGCUCUCUUCUCGGGAUCCUCGAUGCGGAGAAUGUCGAACCUCCAGCCCAUCGCCGACGUCACAGCCUUCCCUACUGGCAGCAUGGUUGAGUACAGUCCUGCUGAAUACAUCGACAACUGCAUCGAGCAGAGAAGCUCACCUCUCCUUCCCCUUGCCCUUCCCCAGCAGUCACAACAGCUUCAAGUUCAACUGACACCCGGAUGGGGCACAUCUUCGGAUGGCUCCAUCUCCCCCAGCACACCGUCAACUGCUCUGACGACGCCUGUUACUCAGACAAGUAACCCUAUGAGUCGUCAGGGUAGUUACACCCCCAAUUUCUCAGCUGUUUCCAUGUUACGUGCUCAGUCUUCAUCUUCAAUGUUACCUAUCCUCUCUGAGGAUAGCUCUCUUUCUUUUCCUUGCGAGUCAGAAACCAUCAGCGCCUGCGUUGAUGGUUCUUCUUUCUUUCCUUUCACUGGCCCUGCCAGUGAAAUUUUCCUUUCCACUGUACCAUCUGUUUCUGCAAGUGCGCAAGGACUUGCCUCUUCUCAGAACGAGCUGUACCUGGCGGAGGAUAUGCGGAGGUCAGCUUCGACAACAUCGAGCGAGGGCAACGCGAGCGACGUUUCAGUACCGUCCUCGAGUUGCUCCCGCCAAUCGCAACGCGAACGAGAGAUCAACGCGCAAGCAGCCUCUCGCAAGAUUGCCCCAAAGGCAAUCCCAAGUAACAACGACGAGACCACGUUCGCGUCAUCCAAUGCUCAGAUGGCGCGGAUACAGUCCUCGGACGGAUCGUCCAAGACUGUCGGUAUCCUCACUAAGACGGCGUACGUCCGACCCAGCCAUCCCAAAAUCAAGUGCGUGUAUUGCGACGAACGGCCCAACGGCUUUCGCGGAACGCAUGAGCUCGACCGCCACAUUGCGCGCGCCCAUAGCUCUAGACGCAAGGGCUACAUCUGUGUCGACUUCUCCUCGGACAAGAAGUUCCUUGCCAACUGUAAACACUGCCGCGGCAAGAAGGUAUACGGCGCGUACUACAACGCAGCCGCGCACUUGCGCCGUGCGCACUUCCACCCCCGCAAGCGCGGAAGGAAGGGCAAGAACGACGAGAAGCGCGGGGGCAUCGGUGGCGGAGACCACCCCCCCAUGGAAUACCUCAAGCAAAACUGGAUCAAAGAGGUGGAAGUCGACAACAAGCGCACCCCUCAAUCGCCCGAGAGCGCAUCAGACAGCGCUCCCGAGCCCUCCUCUUAUGACAUGCACUCGUACGCUUCGUCGUCGUCGCAGCAGCAGCAACAACAAGCGCCCGACGUGAUGGAGAUUCAACCCCCCAUCAACCAGCCGUACAUCGACUUCGGCCUAGACUUAAAUGCGAGUGAAAUGAUGUACGACGCCAAUGCGUUCGCCGCCUACGAGCUGAACGACGCCAACAACUUUCAAUUCGACGCUUCGUAUAUGCCGCAAUGA